GUGAAAUCACGAUCGCAAACGGGAGCCGAGAUGGUGUCAAACCUUAGGACUGGGGCAGGUGCUUUCAAAACACACUGUCUCCCGUAAAAACGGUGCAUUAAUUUAUCGGUACCGUGAAAAAUCUGCAUCAGUCAGGGAUAUUGUGGAUAUCGCUCUACACCGCUGGCAGUAUAUCCUUCAUCGUCGAUAAUAUUCCACAGUCCUGCGCGUUGAAGCAGCUGAAAGAAAUCAUUAGACAUUAUGUUAUGGUGCCUUGGAAGUCUGCGUGAAACCAGUAGAGGAAGUACCUUCAUACACAAACACCACCUGAGAAGUCAUUACCUGGCAAAGAUGACAGAAGUGGAGCCGGUGUUGGAUUUUGCCUCAUCGGGCCGCUCUGGCCGUCGCAACGCACUGCCCGACAUCCUGGGGUCUCCUGUUGGAGUCCCACCUGACCUGCCUCUUAAACUGGCAGAACUAUCCCUCACAGACGGUCCUGGUGAUGCUCAGUCCCCGUCUACAGAGGAACCCCCCACUCCUACAGAGAGCCCAGAGGCGAAAGAGGGUUCCUAGGUGGCUGAGUCUAUGCCUAGACCGCAGAGAUGGGGCCUCAGUCGCCCCCGCCUUUCCCCUGGAGCUCAUCCUCUACCGACUGUUCCUGAUGCCUGUCAGACUGCAUUAUAGGAAGCAACAGAGGGCAGCUAAAAUGUGAAAUGAAGGACAAGGUCUUCAAAGGGUCCGUGCAAUGAAAAAAAACAGAAUGUCCAAAAACAGGAAAGGAAGCAGAAUAUUGCAAGAGGAUGUCGAAGAGCAAUCCUCACUUUUUUUUAAACACAGACAAGCCAAAACGCGGGGGGACCUGCUUGGGAACGCUUUAAUGAAUUUUACGCAUUUGUUUGACAAAAUGCUGUUCUUUUUAUGAGCUUUCUAUCCAAUAAUGACUAUUGUGAGUAACGUAAACAUCCAGUUGUGGUUUGAUAUUGUAUGAUAUUAUGUGAUCUUAGUAAUGUGUCUUUGAAUAUCGCCUCAGUUUUUGGAAAGGGUAAGUGUGAACGAAUACGAGCAGAUGUUUGCGAAUAUUCAAGCAUCAUGUAGCAUUAUCUUCAGCCUUCAAAAUAAUAAUAAUAAUAAAUUUGAAAAGGACAUAAAAUUACUUUGCAAAAAAACUAUAUAUAUAUAUAUAUAUAUAUAUAUAUAUAUACACACACACACACACACACACACACACAAAUAUCAGAACUGCCAAACAUGAAAUGCAGUAUGAAAAGGCAUAUAUAAUUAAUCAUAAAGCUAAGAGUAUACAGUACUAGGAAAAAAUAUAGUUUGCAGUGUUUUAAUAAAUAUUCAAAAUGCUCUCAACACAGGUUUUUUUUAUUUAAAUUUGAAUGGUUCAGCAUAUUAAAAUAAAUUAAAUGCUAAAGUAAUUUAAUCUCAGUGUGCAAAGGAUUUUAUAACUUAAAAAAAAAAACCUUGUCCACUUUGUAUUCUCUAUAAACUCUCAUACUGUAUGUGAUGUAUAGAGUUAUUGAACGGAGUGUACUUACAAUAUGUUUAUGUUCAGUAGAUCUUUGAUGUCAAUUUUAUUCAAACUCGAGUUUGAAUAAUUGAGCUAAUCCAAACUAUUGGAUAAAAAAGGAGUACUUGUACCUUUUUUGAAUGUGUGGUGUGAGGAUGUCUAAGAGCCAUAGCCUUUUUAAGGUCUAUAUAGCCUAAACAUGCAAACUGAAGGGAGGGAUAUGACUGUGAUGUCUGACAAGUCCAGAGAGAUCUUUUUUUAGUGUCUGUGUCACAAUACGUAUGAAACUGGUAUUAUUUAUUAAGUGUGGGGCGUUUUGGGAUGCUGAUUUUUGUCUAUUUUAAUACUUUGUGUUUAUUUUACAGUAUCGUCCCAUUUAUACUCUACACUGAUAACUGUUAACGUGUCAGUUUAAAAUGUUGUAAUUGCCAAACUGGGAUAAAAUUGCCUUUCUUUGUAUGUUUUUACACUACAGUAACUGUGCUGUUAAAAACACAUCGAUGAAGUCACACAAUGUGUGUAUUGUAUCUAACAUUACAAAGACAGUGAAGCUGUACCUGUAUAUACACAAAUAUGUAUGAUACUGAAAGGGGCCAGUAUGAGAAAAUCAAUUGAAACCUGCUGUACCUCAGAACUCAUUUAAAUGCAUUAAGUGCUGUUGUUCACCACCGGGUGGAGCCACUGUUCACACGAGGACAUUUCAAGCCACACGCCAUUUGUUGUCAAUAUGAAACAAUAAGAGGGUGACCAUGUGUUUCUCUGCAAUAAACGUCUAAUGUCAUACAUAUAUGCCAUUAUAUAUUU